AUUUCCGGUUCCUUUCUCUUUCCUUUCCGCGUCGGCCAUUUGUGUUAAGCGACUGAGCUUAUUCACGGUGAUCAAAAAUCCAAGAUGCAGAACGACGCUGGUGAGUUCGUGGACAUGUACGUCCCCCGUAAAUGCUCUGCUAGCAACAGAAUCAUUGGUGCCAAGGAUCAUGCCUCCAUCCAGAUCAACAUAGCUGAGGUGGAUAGGGUGACAGGCAGGUUCAAUGGCCAGUUCAAAACCUACGCCAUCUGUGGAGCCAUCCGUAGAAUGGGUGAAGCUGAUGAUUCUCUUCUGAGGCUUGCAAAGGAUGACAGCAUUGUGGCAAAGAACAUCUAAAUAUAAUGAUGAGCUCUUGCAGUUUCUUUGUAAAAUAAAAAGUUGAAUAGAAAA